AUGAAGAAAUUAUAUAAUAUAAAGGAUAAUACUAAAGAUUCUAUUGUCAAUAAAGAAAAUCCACAGAUUGAUAAUGAAAGAUUAAAUAUUGGAACUUAAGUUAAAUAAUUAAAAGAUAGAUUAGAAAAAGAUUAUAAUUUAGCUUGGGAUAAAUAAGAUGAUUAUGAAUAUUUAUAACAAUACAGAGAAUCAUUCUUAAAAUAAAUUUAUUGUAUUAAAAGAGAUUAAGAAAAAAAGGAAGAAGAAAAGGUGAAGAAUUAAACAUUAACAUGA